UGGGCCUCCGAAAAACGUACCUGCCCAGGUCAGUCCAGAAUCUGUCUCGUGGCAGUCACGGCUGAGCAAGCGAUUUCGAAGUACCUGCAUCUUAAUACCGCCGAGGCAGGAGCGUACUCCUCCAGGUGCGAGUCGGGUAUAAGAAGACCUGUCAACUUCGUCCCCUCUUGCUGUUCCGUUCCAAGCUAUUUCACCUGUCGAUUUUCCUUGCCAUUAUUUACCUACAUCGUUGAUUGUCUUUUUCGACGCCGAUCAUCAUUUAUGCCAGUCGUUUCUAGCUAAGCACCACCCAAAAUGAGCAGACGGGGUAUUAACAGAAACGGAGUUCAGGGAGUUCAGGUAUACGUGCGACGGCAGGGUGACACUGAUUAUGAACAAAUCCAGCCACAGACCGACCUUUUCCCAUUAGUCGGCAAUAUCACCACCGUCCUGGACAGAGCCUUCCUCCUCCUGGAGUCUGAACGGGGUUGGGACGGGUUAGAGACGAUAGCGCGUGGCAUAGUUGUUGGUCGUCGGGAGGCCGAGGAUAACUGUCUGUUUCCAGAUCCUCAAUUCCCGUCCCUCGGGGACGCAAUACGCCAUUUCCUACAAGCCAUGAAAGGUGUCUUCCCGGACAUCUAUCUCACAUAUCUUGAAGGCGAGGCCCUCACCGCACGAUACCCAGUGGAGCCACCGUUCCGGUCCUUGCUUGAGUUUGACACGUUGAGGGCUGGCGAGCUGAGAAUACAGUACCAAUACAUCUAUAACAUGGCACAAACGCGAAACAACGACUGGUUCAAUACAUGGGUUUUUCGAAUGGCUCUCAGCAUUGCCCACGAGCUCACCCAUUUUUUCACGGGAUAUUUAACUGGGGAUGGCCGUCCCAUUACGCCACCCGGCGUGUCCGUCCGGGGAUGGCCCACUGGUGAGGCUGGUCGCGCCUGGGAACUGGAGACUUUUGGAGGCAUAGUAGAGUUCUGGAGUGAGGGAAGAGAUCCCUCGCAGCCGGGAGAGCCGAUUAUUUUUGCGGAUUUCCGAUCUACUACGCCAGGCCUGCCAGUGUCCAGGAGCUACGUCGAAGCUUUUGCGGGAGGAGUGGUACGCCUUCCCAUCACGCCGUCCAGAAGAGCGCGACCGAUCACUCGGCAACAGCUUCAGGCCGCGGGUCGCCGAGAAAUGAACAUUCUACGGGGAUCUAGAGGCACCGGUGAAGCCCCCGGAGUCUCAGUCUCACGCGCGGGCCGAGGGGGCUCUAGCGGAUCAGGCGCAACGACCUCAUCAACCACCCGGAAUCGAGCGCCACCGCCGCAGCCACUCACGGGAUAUUAUUAUCCACCGGCGGAUUCUGAAGAUGGCAGGGACCCCUACUACCGGUGAGAAGACUGGAUUUGGGCCUCAUCGUGUGGUGUGUGUGGUGAUAAGGUUGCGUAGGACGAAAACCUCUUGUGGGUGAGAUGUGGAACCAAUGAGCAAGUUUCAUAAUAUUAUCUGCUUUCUGUUUCUGCUUAUGUAUAGUGUAGUGGUGCGGUAGGACUAGGCCACGUAGCCUUUCUGAUGUGUAUUUAUA